AUGCCGUAUCCACAGAAUAUUGAUACAGCGGUAGAGGUGGAACAAAUAGUUUCUCAAAAUGGAGCGUUAGCAGCAACAAUUGCAAUUAUAAACGGCCGUAUUAAGGUAGGUCUCACACGCGAAGAAAUGAGACAAUUGGCAUCCAAUUCUCAUAGCGAAGUUGUCAAAUGUUCAAGACGCGAUCUACCUUAUUUGAUUGCCAAGAAAGGAAGUGGUGGUACUACUGUAGCAGCUACCAUGAUCAUUGCACACAUGAUGGGCAUAGAGAUAUUUGCUACUGGCGGAAUAGGCGGAGUGCAUCGAGACGGUCAUGUAACAUUUGAUAUAUCGGCAGAUCUUGUAGAAUUAGGACGGACACCAGUGACAGUAGUCUCGAGUGGCAUUAAGUCUAUUUUAGAUAUACCCCGUACACUUGAGUAUUUGGAAACACAAGGA